CUAGCCAAUGGGGUGAGGCCGGAAAGCAGAGUGGGCAGGGUCACAGGCGGAAAGACUGAGCCAAGGCAAGCCUGCCUGAUCUGCAGGGCACUAUACCCGAGGUCUGAUCUCACCAAAUGCGGAGAUGUUUCCAUUAAAAGAUGCAGAACUCGGGGCUUUCACCUUCUUUGCUUCAGCUCUUCCCAAUGAUGUUUGUGGGAGCAAUGGAUUGCCUUUGACACCAAACUCCAUAAAGAUCCUGGGGCGCUUUCAGAUUCUGAAGACAAUUACACACCCCAGACUGUGCCAGUAUGUGGACAUUUCUCGAGGAAAACACGAGAGACUAGUGGUUGUUGCUGAACACUGUGGAAGAAGCCUGGAAGACUUGCUUCGAGACAGGAAACCAGUGAGCUCUUUUGAGGUGUCGUGUAUUGCCUUUGAAGUGUUGCAGGGCUUGAAAUAUAUGAACAAACAUGGAAUCGUCCACCGAGCUCUUGCGCCUCGAAACAUCCUCCUGGAUCAGGAGGGACACAUUAAAUUGGCUAAAUUUGGUCUUUAUCACAUGACAGCUUAUGGUGCUGAUGUUGAUUUUCCUAUAGGAUAUCCGUCAUAUCUGGCACCGGAAGUUAUUGCGCAAGGAGUUAUCAAACGUAGUGAACAUACACAAAGUGAAAAGCCUUCAGGACCUAAAUCUGAUGUGUGGUCCCUUGGUAUUAUAUUGUUUGAGCUUUGUAUAGGCAGAAAACUAUUCCAGAGUUUGGAUGUAGCUGAAAAGCUAAAACUUGUACUUAACCUUGGUUGUGUGGAUGAUAUUCUAACAGUACUGGCUGAGGAACAUGGAUGUUUGGACAUUAUUAAGGAGGUUCCUGAAAAUGUUUUAACUCUGCUGAGAAAGUGUCUCACGUUCUAUCCUUCAAAGAGGCCUACACCUGACAAACUGCUGAAUGAUCCCAUUUUCAGUGAAAUAUCAUCACUAUACCCAACCUUCCACAAACCUGCCAGCCUCUUCUCACCCACUCUAAGAUGUGCCAACUUAACUCUUCCUGAAGACAUUAGUCAACUGUUUGAAGAGGAAAACUCUGAUUACCUAGCAGAAAGGUCAAUUGAAGAAGUUUAUUAUCUCUGGUGCUUGGCUGGAGGGGACUUGGAAAAAGAACUUGUCAACAAGGAAAUCAUUCGUUCAAAGCCACCCAUCUGUACCCUUCCCAUUUUUGUGUUGGAGGAUGGAGAGAGCUUUGGACAAGGGCGAGAUAGAAGCUUUCUUUUGGAUGACACAACGGUCACACUCUCUCUGUGCCAGCUGAGAAAUAGGCUGAAAGAUGUUGCUGGGGAAGCCUUUUAUCCCUUGCUUGAAGAUGACCAGUCAAAUGUACCCCAUUCAAAUAGCAGUAAUGAAUUAUCUGCUGCUGCUAAUCUUCCUCUUAUCAUUCGAGAACGGGACACAGAAUAUCAGCUGAACAGAAUUGUCCUAUUUGAUAGACUGCUAAAGGCAUAUCCAUACAAAAAAAAUCAGAUUUGGAAAGAAGCCAGAGUUGACAUUCCUCCACUGAUGAGGGGUUUAACUUGGGCAGCCUUACUUGGAGUUGAGGGUGACAUUCAAGCAAAAUAUGAUGCCAUUGAUAAGGACACUCCAAUUCCUACAGACAGACAAAUUGAAGUUGACAUUCCUCGCUGCCAUCAGUAUGAUGAGUUGCUGUCAUCUCCUGAAGGUCAUGCAAAAUUUAGACGGGUGUUGAAAGCAUGGGUUGUUUCCCAUCCUGAUCUUGUGUAUUGGCAAGGUCUCGACUCUCUUUGUGCCCCGUUCUUAUAUUUAAAUUUCAACAAUGAAGCUCUGGCCUAUGCCUGUAUGUCUGCUUUUAUUCCUAAAUACCUGUAUAAUUUCUUUCUAAAAGACAAUUCACAUGUGAUUCAAGAAUACCUGACAGUGUUCUCUCAGAUGAUUGCAUUCCAUGACCCUGAGCUGAGUAACCAUCUCAACGAAAUUGGCUUCAUUCCAGAUCUGUAUGCUAUUCCUUGGUUUCUCACAAUGUUUACACAUGUCUUUCCUUUGCACAAAAUCUUUCAUCUGUGGGAUACACUGCUACUUGGGAAUUCUUCCUUCCCCUUCUGUAUUGGAGUGGCUAUUCUUCAGCAGCUGAGAGACCGUCUUCUCUCUAAUGGAUUCAACGAGUGCAUUUUGCUAUUUUCUGAUUUGCCAGAAAUUGACAUCGAACGUUGUGUCCGUGAAUCAAUCAAUCUUUUCUGUUGGACCCCUAAAAGUGCUACUUACAGGCAGUUUGCACAGCAUCCUAAGCAAACCAGUGAGGCAACCUGUACAAGAAGCUUAAUGUCCUGUUUCUCAUCGGACUAUCAAGAUGCACCAAGAAGUGACCUGUCUAGGGAUUCCAUCAAGCUGAAUGACCUGAAGUCAGAAGUGUCACCAAGGAUCUCAGCUGAAGAUUUGAUUGACCUAUGUGACCUGUCAGGACCCAGCCACUUCAAGACCCCAACUAAGAAAACAAAAUCCAGCAAGCCAAAGUUGCUUAUUGUUGACAUCCGUAACAGUGAGGAUUUUAAUCGAGGGCAUAUAUCAGGCAGCAUCAAUAUCCCAUUUGGAUCAGCAUUCGCUGCUGAAGGAGAGCUCAUCCAAUGUCCAGCUACUUCCAUGCUUCAGAGUUUUAAAGGGAGAGUAGUGGUGAUUGUUGGACACGUAGCAAAAAAUGCCGCAUCGUUUGCAGCGCAUCUAGUGAAAAUCAAAUAUCCAAGGGUCUGCAUUCUGGAUGGAGGCAUAAACAAAAUCAAGCCAACUGGUCUGCUGACAGUUCCUUCUCCACAAAUAUGAGCCAGAAGCUUGAAGUCUAUAUUAACAAUAUGAGAAAACUGAUAAGGGCAUUAAGUACUUACAUUAUAAUUUCUGUAGUCUUUCCAGAAUUGUUUUGAAGGCGGAAAAGGUUGUUUUACUUAAUGAACAUGAGCUUUCUUAAGGUGUUAUUCCAUCAAGACUUUUGCCACUCCAUUUUGCAUCACCCAUCUAGCAAUAAACCAGUGAAGUUGAGCAGAUUUUA